UAGGUGUAGGUUAGCACGAUGAGCUGUGAGGUGCACUACGAUGCGGCCUCGCGCACCUGGUUCGGACCGCGCGGCAAGGAUUUCUACGGCCCAGAGAUGACCCUGGGCGAGGUCAUCAUGCGCGUGCUCCAGAUCAACGCUGACCAGGUGAUGCAGCACUGCGAUCCCACAGGUGAGGAGCUCACCGGCGGCCAGCUGGCCCAGCAGAGUGCACGCAUGGCGCAGGCCUUCAAGCGGCUCGGCCUGUAUCGGGGCGAUGUCAUCGGGAUAUCAGCGAGCAACACAACCAAACUGACCAGCGUGGUCAUAGCGGCACUGCUCAGAGGAAUACCCAUCAAUCCGCUGCAUCCAGAGUUCACAGAAGAGACGGUCAAGUACAUGUAUGACAUCACGGAACCCAAGCUGAUAUUCUGCGAUGUGGAGAAUUAUGCCACCAUUUGGGCGGCUAACCAGAGGCUGGUCACUCCUGCAAUCAUUUAUCUGGUGAAUGGACAGCUCGAGGGAGUGCGAGAUGUCGGCGAGCUGCUCAACGAGAACGAAUCCAUCACCGCAGCAGCAUAUGUGCCGUGUCCCAAGCUUCAUGGCGAUCACACGGCCUUCAUUGUGUGCUCCUCGGGCACAACGGGCAUGCCCAAGGGAGUGACGCGCUCACAUCGAAGUUUGCUCUGCAACUGCAAGAAUCCAAAUACCUACACCAGGGACAGCAUCCUGCUGUCCUUCAGUCCUUUAUACUGGAUAUCUGGAACGAUUAUUCUGCUGGCAUCGCUGCUGAAUGGAUGUCGGAGGAUCAUCACCCAUCGGCCGUACAGCGUCGAGUACUUGCUGCAGCUGGUGGCCACCCAUCGUGUGACCUUCCUCUUCCUGGCCUCCCACCAGAUUGCGCUGCUGUCCAAGCACGACGCCGACUUUGACAAGCUGAAGGCCCAACUGGAGUCCAUUCGCGUGCUGAUCGGAGCCGGGUCAAAGGUCUGCAAGGCCGUCUCGCGGCGCAUGUACGAGCUGAUCGGCAACCAAAGAUUCAUCGUCGGCUACGGCCUCUCGGAGAUGGGAGGCCUGAGCAAGAAUCUCGGCGGGCCGCUCGGCUGCGAGGGCAAGGUCAUGCGGAACGUGGAGCUGCGUGUCCUGGACAAGCUGAAGAUGCCACUGGGCAUCAAUGAGGUGGGCAUCGUCUACGCCCGCCUGCGCUACCACUGGGAGGGCUACUACCGCAAUCCGGAGGCGACCGCGCGCACCCUCAGCCCCGAUGGCCAGUGGUUCCGCACGGGGGACAUUGGCUAUCUGGACAGCGAGGGCUACCUGUACAUCCAGACCCGCGACACGGAUGUCUUCAAGUACAACAACUUCCAGAUCUAUCCGGAGCAGAUCGAGGAGUUCGUCCUGCGUCUGCCCGGCGUCAGCGAGACCUGUGUCUUCGGGGUGCCCGAUCCGGUGGCCACCAACCUCACGGCCUGCGCCGUCGUGCGCACCGCCAGCCGGGAGGGCCAGUGCCUCAACGCAGAGCAGAUACGGAGCAUUGUGGAGCGGCACCUGAGUGGCGCCUACCACAUCAGGGGUGGCGUCUACUUUGUCGAGAGUCUGCCCAAGACAUCCAACGAUAAGCUGCAGCGUCGCAAGGUCCUGGCUCUGGUGCAGCAGUUGGGCAUUGCAGCUGAAUAAAGUUUGAUCCCAGACGGUUGA